GUCCCUGCAGAAUCUCACAUGGACUGUCUUUCAUUAUGUUUAUGUAAAUAAUGUUUAUGUACCUAGCAUGAUGAGACCCUGAUCUCAUAUGAGGCCUCUAGGAGCCACUGCAAUACAAAUAAUACUCUGUAUGCUUUGUGUAUGUCAUGUCGGUGUGCACACACCAGGCAUACAUUGUGUAUCCAGACACACUACACACAGCGAAAUCUGGGCUGUGCAUGUUUGGUCCCUGCGUAUAGGAUUUGUGUAUAUAUGCUAGACCCGCUUAUGAGUUGUGUCUGUGACCACCAGUGUGUUUGUGUAGGUUUGAACAGUUGUUGCGUAUGGCUGUGUGGUUAUUUUCUAACUGAUUUGUGCACCUCAGGAUGUGGUUUUGUUCUUGUGCUCUCUGAGCGUGUGUAGCAGGAGGCAGCUGAUAGUCUCACUCCUCUGCUGUGGUACCAGCAAGAGCAGCAGGAACUGAAGCACAAUCUCCUCCCACUCCUCCUCCAGACUCUCUCACUCACUGCCUUGCUGGGAGUGGGGCGGAGGUCAGCUAAGCCAGCCAGCUGGAGUCAGGAGCUGGAAAGACAGAAGACCUGUGCUGCUGCAUCUCAGUGAAUUUCCUAUCCCAGCGCUCUCCAGGGAUCCCCUGCUCUCAAGUCGCUAGGAUCCUAAGGCAGACAGCCACCUCAGUAGGAAGACAGAGUGGAAGAAAUGAGUAACUUAUGAAACAGGAUGAAAUUAAAAUUUACAUCUCCCUCUUUGGGACCCUGAUGAUAGAUGUAUGGUCACUGCUAGAAGAUGCAGGAUUAUCUACAGAAUGCGACUGAGAAUAAUUCUGCUGUCUGCACCAUUAAUCACAGCAUACACCAGACUUUAUCCCCCACUAUAUACAUAUUUGUCUUUGUAGUAGGUCUCCCAGCUAACUGCCUCUCGCUGUACUAUGGGUACCUACAGAUCAGGGCCAAAAAUGAACUGGGGAUCUAUCUGUGCAAUUUGACUAUAGCAGACCUGUUCUACAUCUUCUCUUUGCCCUUCUGGCUCCAGUACGUUUUGCAGCAUGACAACUGGACCUAUGACGCAGAUCUGUGCAAAAUCUGUGGCAUACUCCUGUAUGAGAAUAUCUACAUCAGUGUGGGCUUCCUCUGCUGCAUCUCCAUUGACCGCUAUCUAGCAGUGGUACAUCCUUUUCGUUUCUAUCAGUUUCGGACAAUAAAGGCUGCUGUGGUGGUGAGCAUCAUAAUCUGGGGCAAGGAAAUUCUGAUGAGCUGGUUUUUCUUUAAGAAAGUUGAAAUUAGUAAGGAUGCAGAGAGUCAUACAAUAUGCUUUGAACAUUAUCCCAUCAAAAAUUGGGAGCACAACAUCAAUUACUACCGCUUCUUUGCUGGCUUCCUUUUCCCCUUCUUCCUACUGUUCUUUUCUUACUGUGGCAUUUUACGAGUUGUCUGCAAGAGCCAUGGCACUCAAAAGAAGACAAAAAUCCAAAUUAAACGUCUGGUUUCAAGCACAGUUGUCAUUUUCUUGGUUUGCUUUGGACCAUACCACAUCCUGUUGGUAAUUCGCAGCUUGUUUGAGAAAAACUGCAUGUUUGCAGGGAAAAUCUUUAACAUUUAUCACUUUUCUCUCUUGUUGACUAGUUUUAACUGUGUUGCUGACCCAGUAUUGUACUGCUUUUCCAGUGAGAGCACCUACCAGAAUUUUGUCAAAAUGAGAGACUCCAGUUUAACAUGCUUAAGAUGUUUAAAGACUAAAACCAAGGUAUCCUACCAGCUGAAAACUCCAGAAACCCUCAGAAAAAGCAGCAGUGUACCAGUGGAUGAAGAGCCAGAGUUAUUAAACAAACUACAUACUGUUAAUGAAAUGAAAGACUUUAGCACCCAUUAGAAAGGGAGACUGAUCUAAAGUUUCCAGGUCUAAGUUUGGGCUUCAGUCUUUGGUUUAUAAACGUAUUGCAACUGCUUUACAUUCUAAAGAGCUUAAUAACUCAUCAGAACUGUAAGCAGAGCUGAGUUGAUACUCUUUCCACAGGGGAAAUUUCUUAGUUCCCUUGAAGAAAAGGAGUACUUGUGGCACCUUAGAGACUAACCAAUUUAUUUGAGCAUAAGCUUUCGUGAGCUACAGCUCACUUCAUCGGAUGCAUUCAGUGGAAAAUACAGUGAGGAGAUUUAAUG